AUGCAAUCGCCGUCAGGAACAGCUAGUGGCUCUCCAGGCCAGCUCUCAAGCCCGACGCUGAAUCCAGUGUGGUCUGGUCUCCCAUCGCCGGCGUCGGCACCCGCACCCGCACGCACGACAACCUCCGUGUCUACAACAAACGUAGAGGCUUCGCCAACCUCCAAUAUGCCCGCCAACGCUUCGUCGACGACAGCGUCGCAGAGUAGGUCCGCCAUCGGACAGGGCUUGGAGGGAGGCACAGCUUCGUCGGCCAAGAAGAAGAAGAAAAGCCGCAAUCGCAAACGGCGCAAUCGUCGCCCUUCGUUUCUUGCGUCCGAGGAACCAGGCCCAAUCGUGACCGAGCUCCCAUCGGAGCUCGCCCGGGCGGCCCCGGAUCAAUUACAAGAGAGUGUUCCAUUUUAUAGAGGGCGGAAUUUGAGUAACUCGAGCUUAGAAAGCGAGGCUCUGUUGGAUCACAGAGCCCAACCGAUGAUGCGUCCCCGACGAGACAGUCGUGUCGCUCAGCCAUUCCGCCCCGAAUCAUACAAUCGAGUAGGCUCUUACUUUUCCGGUUUGGAGGGACAGAAUUCUGGUCGUCGUCGUUCAGUUGCUAGACAUCAGCAGAACCGGCCAGAAAGCGGCGACAUUGAAGAAGAUCAUGACGAGGAUCAAAUGCAGGCCACCGACCGUACGCCAUUGAUUGCUCCUUUUCAAAACACGAGUCCCGUGCGGCCUGCUUACGGUACCGACAUGCGCGGUUCAUAUUAUACUUCGUCAAAGAAUCGAAGAUCGUCUCAUGAUACAACCUCCUCCCACCGUCCCGCAUCCUUCAAGAAUAGCGUUGGUGGUCCCGAGUACGAUGUCAACAAUCCACCUUCGGUUCCCGGCAGCCCGAAGGCUGGUAUUGCGGAAAUAGGUUACGACGAUGCUAUGGUUACAGGGUUGGAAUUCACUCCUGGUGCUCGUUCACCCACCGGACGACGAGGAUCUGUAGAUUGGCUGCGUGAUACAGUCAUCAAUAUGGAAGGCAACCGUGAAAAUCCAGCAGGCACUAAAGACUCAGCUCCGCCUUCACCACAUCCAUCACCCCCAGAUAUGCGUCGCCGGCGGACUAUCAAUCUACCCGCAGAGGAAGAUGUAUGUUUUCCGUCGGAACUAGCGGAGGAAUUCCAACCUCCGCACGUGGCCGAAUCUGAAACUGCGGAACGAAGACGCCGCAGAAGACGGGAAUGGCCAGAUCUUUCGGUCUUGGAGGAGUGGAGUCGCGAAGAGAAGGAAGAGCGCAGUCUCGAAUAUCGGGUCAAGAAAAUCAGCGAGCCAGUCCUGGUUGGUGGGCGAUUACGGCCCCAGUAUGUAGGAUGGCGACGAGAAGAAGAGGAUUCUCCCUAUCGUUUCACUUAUUUCAACGAAGAUUUCCAGAGCACCAUUCAUGCGCAGACUGUCUCGGAACUUGUUCAACCGGGAGGCAACUUUCGAGAGCUUUUCAUCCCAGAGCCACCAGAGCUCGAGGAAUCGUCAUCAGAUGAAGAUUUGAUUUCUUUACACGACCCUCCAUACAACAAUAAUAAUAACCACAACGGCAAUACUCAAAACCGGCAAAGCUUCGAAUUCUCAACCAGUCAUGGCUCAGACUCGCACCUGCGCAGCAGCCGCAGGGAAAGUGGUCUCAAUUCCGUCCAAGAGAAUCACUCGGAAACAAAUAUGUCAAACCUACAGGACACACCGCAACAACCGAAACCAAAACGCUAUGGGCCACGGCCUACAUGGUGGCUUGAUGUUCUAUGCCCGACUGACGCGGAAAUGCGUGUUAUUGCCAAGGCAUUCGGCAUACAUGCCUUGACAGCCGAAGACAUUAUGAUGCAAGAAGCUCGCGAGAAAGUCGAGCUUUUCCGAAACUACUACUUUUUAAACUAUCGAACAUUUGAGCAAGAUCCCAACAGCGAAAACUACUUGCAACCGGUCAACAUGUACGUCGUAGUGUUUCGGGAAGGCUGCCUGAGUUUUCACUUUUCGCAGACGCCACACCCAGCAAACGUCCGCCGGCGGAUUAGACAGCUACGCGACUAUUUGAUAUUAAGCUCUGAUUGGAUUUCAUAUGCGUUAAUCGACGAUAUCACUGAUGUCUUUGGUCCGCUCAUUCAAACCAUUGAAGACGAAGUCGACGAGGUCGACGAUACCAUCAUGCAGAUGCAUGCCGUUGAUGGAUCAGGUGCCGGUGAUUAUGAACGAAAAAAGGAAGAUGAUUCGGUUUCUACUGUGUCGAUAGCGCCUGGUGAAAUGCUACGGCGCGUGGGCGAGUGCCGGAAGAAAGUGAUGGGCAUGUAUCGCCUGCUCAGCAACAAAGCCGACGUCAUUAAGGGCUUUGCGAAAAGAUGCAACGAGCAGUGGGAAGUGGCGCCCAAGUCGGAGAUUGGCCUGUACCUGGGCGAUAUUCAGGACCAUAUCAUGACCAUGACAAGCAACUUGGCCCACUAUGAGACGUUGCUCUCUCGGGCGCACUCCAACUACCUGGCCCAGAUCAAUAUCCUCAUGAACGAGCGCCAAGAACGAACGGCCGACGUGCUUGGAAAGUUGACCGUCUUAGGUACCAUCGUUUUGCCCAUGAACAUCAUCUGUGGUAUGUGGGGAAUGAACGUCAAGGUGCCCGGUCAAGAAAUUGAUAACUUAUACUGGUUCUGGUCAAUUACUGGCGGCCUCGUCAUCUUUGGAGUCGUCUCAUUCUUGGUUGCCAAACGGGUUUACCGAAUCGUUUAA